CCUCUCUGUGUACUCUCUUCUAAGUUUACCUGUCUUAUUAACUAGCUCUCCUUACAAGAAUACUGAAGUAGAGCAGAGCAAACUGCUGGCUAGGGCUGCUCCAGCUUUCUUGAAAGGCAAAGGGUUACAGUACAGCCUCGAUGUUGCAGACAGGCUGGCCGAUGAACAUGUUCUCAUCGGGUUGUAUGUCAACAUGCUCCAGAGCAACCCGGCACGCAUGCUCGACAGCGCAAGUCGCCUGGAUGAAGAGCAUAAGCUGAUCGCCAGGUAUGCAGCAAGGCUGGCAGCAGAAGCUUCUUCAUCACAGCAGCAGGGACAGCAGAGAGGAGCAUCAGAUAUCUCUUUCACCAUUGAUGCAAAUAAGCAACAAAGGCAGCUGAUUGCAGAGCUUGAAAACAAAAACCGAGAAAUCCUCCAGGAGAUCCAGAGGCUGCGGCUUGAACACGAGCAGGCAUCGCAGCCCACCCCGGAGAAGGCACAGCAAAAUCCCACUCUCCUUGCGGAGCUCCGGCUCCUCAGACAGCGGAAGGAUGAGCUGGAACAGAGGAUGUCUGCUCUCCAGGAAAGCCGGAGAGAGCUCAUGGUUCAGUUAGAAGGCCUCAUGAAACUGCUGAAGAGCCAAGGGGCAGGCUCCCCUCGUUCCUCACCCAGCCACACCAUCAGCCGCCCCAUUCCCAUGCCCAUCAGGUCCGCGUCCGCCUGCUCCACGCCGACCCACACGCCCCAGGACUCGCUGACCGGCGUGGGAGGAGACGUGCAGGAAGCCUUUGCACAAAGUGCAAGACGGAACUUAAGAAAUGAUUUGCUGGUGGCAGCAGAUUCGAUCACCAACACCAUGUCGUCUUUGGUAAAAGAGCUAAAUUCUGAAGUGGGCAGCGAGACAGAAAGCAACGUGGAUUCGGAAUUUGGACGGACACACUUUGAUGACCUUGUUCCGUCGCCGACCUCGGAGAAGGCCUUCCUCGCCCAGAUCCAUGCCCGCAAGCCCGGGUACAUCCACAGUGCUGCUGCCACCGGUUCCAUGCGCAGUGACAUGGUUACAGAAGAUGGAGACCCCUAUGUCAGAGCAGAUGAUGAAAAUUAUGAGAAUGACUCUGUCCGCCAGCUGGAGAAUGAACUGAAGAUGGAGGAAUACCUGAAGCAGAAGCUGCAGGAUGAGGCAUACCAGGCAAGCUGCAGCCAGACAGACAACGAGAGCUACGUGAGAACCGAUGAUGAGGAGAGCUGCUUUCGGACAGACGACGAAGAAAACUUAGCUGCAAACCUCACAGACGAAUGGAACCAACAGGUGCAGCGGCUCUUGACGAAAAAAUCAAAUAACUAAGUUCUGAGGACUGUAGCACAGUACUUUUGUUCUAAGAGUUGUAGUUUGUAGAUGUGUGUUUUGACAAAAAGACUUUUGUUUAAAGCUAACUUAUAUUAGCUACAUCUGCUGUAACAUGGCUCAUUACCGGUGAAGAACACAGACUGAAGUAUGUACUGCUGGUACAAAAAAGAGCAGUAUUGAUAACUCACAUAAACCCUUUGCACAUGAUAUUGAACCUGUUCAGUUUACAAUGACAAUACUGUUUAUAGAUAGAAAAUUGAUUUCUGAAUACUUUGAGAUUUUAGUAGACCAGUUUACUAUACACUGUACAUUUUUUUCCACAGGAAAGAUAAAAAGCUACAAUUAUGCAUUUAACACUGAAUGAUUAUACUCCUGAGUGUAUAUAUCUAGUAGCCCAAAAAUAAAGUUCCAGACUAUAUUUGCAAUUUGUUUGCAAGUCUUUUAACAGACUUAUACAAAAUGUACUAAAAUGAUAAUAAUAUAAUUAAUGAUAGUAAUAAAAAGCCUCUCUAAUUUAGGGCUAAUGUGUAACUUAGGAAUGUUUUCUUUCAAAAUAAUCUAACAAAUCAGCCAUAGAAGUUAGUGUAAAUAUUUUUUUUUCCAAAUAGAUAUCAUAUACAAAAGGUGACAUUCAAAUGAUAUAGAAUCUAGUUUUUAAAUCAGCACAGAUCUUCUUAAAACUGUGAACUAUGUUUUGAAAUACUCGUUGCUAAAGCUGUUUAUAAACCACAGGUGCCAUAAGAUCCCUGAACUGACUGAUGUUAUGUAUACUCUUCCAUGGUAUUGUUUCAUUGAUGUUUUAGCUUUAGUAGGCAUGUGUUCAACAAAUCGGCUCUUUCCAUUCCCCUGCCCCUCCGACUCCCCACUUCAUCAUAUUAUUUUUGAGGCCUUCAGCUUUAAAUGUACAGGCUUAAAGUGCGCUUGCGACUCUUUUCUUUCUUAUUUCCGAAUGUGUAUUGCCUUAGCCAGCCACCAGAUGUUCUGCAUGCACUCUUGGAAAUGUGUAGUGAGACUCUUUCAGAGCUGGAUGGAGAAUUAGCUAUCAGUGAAAAGCACAGGAAGAGCGGUGGAGUUUUUUGAAAGAACAGGCAUACAGUUACAGAAUUGGAGUUUCGUCCAUUUUAGUAACUUUUGAGCAUAACGGAAUUUCUGGAGAAAGGGGACUAAUCUGACCAUUUUGGAUUAUGAAGUGAGCCUGCUAGCUAAAAGUUGUUUGCUCUGCUGUUAUUACAGAUCUGCGGGUAGUUCUGAGCAGGAGCUGA